AUGGAAGGAAUAUUUUUCAACGUUGAUUAUGGUUAUGUUGAGGGAGUAGUGAGGGGUUACAGAAGUGGUCUUUUAGGUAAUAAUCAGUAUGUUAACUUAACACAAUGUGAUAAUUUAGAAGACUUGAAAUUACAGUUAUCGGCUACUGACUAUGGUAACUUUUUGGCAUCUCAUUCGGGACCAUUAUCAACUUCGAUCAUGCAAGACAAUUUGUCCAAAAAAUUGUUCCAACAAUUCCAAUAUUUAAAAUCACAAGCAUCAGGUAAAUUAAUUAGAUUUUUAGAUUUUAUCAGCUAUGGCUAUAUGAUAGAUAAUGUAUCAUUGAUGAUCACAGGAACAUUGCAUGAAAGAGACCGUUCGGAGAUCUUAUCCAAAUGUCAUCCAUUAGGAUGGUUUGAUACGUUGCCUACAUUAUCAAUCGCAACAGAUAUCGAAAGCUUGUAUAAUACAGUCUUGAUUGAUACGCCGUUGGCGCCGUUCUUCAAGGAUUGUCUUACGGCUGAUGACUUGGAUGAUUUGAAUAUUGAAAUUAUAAGAAAUCGUUUGUACAAGAAUUACUUAGAAGCAUUUGUCAACUUUAUCGAGGACGAAUUUACUUCACCAGACAAAGAAAUAAUGACGAACUUGUUGAAUUUUGAAGCUGAUAAGAGAGUCAUUAAUAUUUCACUCAAUUCGUUAAAUAACCCAGAUUUGACUGCUGAAAACAAACUAUCUUUAUUCCCAAGCUACGGGAGAUUAUACCCAACCUAUCAUUCUAAAUUAUCCGAAAUCGAUGACGUAGAACAAUUGAAGGCUAUCGUCGAUUCCAUUGGUGAAUAUAAAGACUUGUUUUCUGAAGCACCAGAUUCCAACUCUGGAGGCUCCAAAAAUUUGGAAGAUUGGUUUUACUUACUCGAAAUGCAAUAUUGUAAAAAUGCAUUCACCCAACAAUUCACCUUAUCUACCAUUUGGGCUUGGUUAAGGUCGAAAGAACAAGAAAUAAGAAACAUUACAUGGAUUGCUGAAUGUAUCGCUCAAAACCAAAAGAAUAGAAUCGACAACUAUAUUUCUGUUUAUUGA